CCAGGACCCCCUCCCUCGCUCGUCACCUCACCACCUCCCAAACUUAAACUUCACAACCAGCACAAUGGCCCGCACGAAGCAGACCGCCCGCAAGACCACCGGUGGCAAGGCCCCCCGCAAGCAGCUCGCCACCAAGGCUGCCCGCAAGUCCGCCCCCUCCACUGGCGGCGUGAAGAAGCCCCAUCGCUUCCGCCCCGGUACCGUCGCUCUGCGUGAGAUCCGCCGCUACCAGAAGUCCACCGAGCUGCUGAUCCGCAAGCUCCCCUUCCAGCGCCUCGUCCGCGAGAUUGCCCAGGACUUCAAGACCGACCUCCGCUUCCAGUCCACCGCCGUCUCUGCCCUGCAGGAGGCCGCCGAGGCUUACCUCGUCAACCUCUUUGAGGACACCAACCUCUGCGCCAUCCACGCAAAGCGCGUCACCAUCAUGCCCAAGGACAUCCAGCUGGCCCGCCGCAUCCGUGGCGAGCGCUCUUAAGCGUCUCACCUUCUCAACAUGGCUCGCUCGCUCGAUGUCGUUCUCUGACACCUUGCUUGGCUUGUCGUCAUGAGGUUGCUUUGUCAUCACCAACGCUGGUUGCAUUUUGAUCUGUGACACCUUGAAUCAUCCUCCCUCCCCUCCCUUGUUCUUAAUUACCCACUUGGCCCUUGCUGUCUCUCUUGGUCUGUGCCACGGGUUGUCGCCUCCGCGGGCUCAAAUUGUGCUCACACGUCUUUUAUCCAUGCUCGUGUUCCUGAGCACUUGACGCUGGCGGUGUCUUUGUGCGCUCGUGUGCAUGGGAACCUCUCUCCCUCCCUCUCCCUGUGUGUAAUGGCGUUGGCUUACCGUGGUAUCGAUUUGCCUCUGCGUAAUGACACGCCGCAACGGCGUUUGGGGAGUUUCCCCGGCUUGUCCUGCCUCGCAACCCUUCUCCUUUGGUUCGUUGUUGCCUCUCAAUACAAUGAUCAAACCGAACA